AUGAACGGCCUCACGAUAACCCCCUUCAUAGCCAAUCUCCCCAAAGUCGAGCUCCACAUCCACAUCGAAGGAACGCUAACACCAGCUCUGCGAUGGGAACUCGCCCACCGCAAUGCCAUCCCACUACCAUACCCCACCUUCGAGGACCUGCAAGCCUCCUACGCCGUAACCCUCAAUCACAGACCCGACCUCAACGGCCGCCAACCCGGCAUCCCCACCUUCCUCGAAGCCUACUUCGCAGGAUGUGAAGUCCUCCGCACAGAAGCCGACUUCUACGACCUCGCCAUGGCAUAUUUCCAUCGCUGCGUGGAGCUCAAAGUCCGCUACACGGAACCUUUCUUCGAUAUCCAGGCGCGCACGCGACGGGGCGUGCCCGCCCAGGCCGUGCUGAACGGCUACCUACGCGCUCAGCGGGAUGCCAUCGCCCUGGGCGUGCACUCACGGUGGAUCUUCUGCUUCCUCCGCGACGAGCCAGUCUCGGCGGGACUGGAUGCGUACCGCACCGCGAGACCGUGGGCGACAGUCGAGGGUGGAAAGGGUCUUUUCCAUGCUGUGGGAUUAGCUAGUAAUGCGUACGAACGACCUCCGAUGCUUUUUGAGGAGGGGUUCCGUCUUGCGCGGGCGGACGGCCUGCAUGUCACUAUGCACUGUGAUUUUGGGCAGAAGGAUACGCAGGCGCAUGUGGCGGAGGCUAUUUAUAAGGUGUGUGGCGGGUUGGGGGCGGAGCGGAUUGAUCAUGGCUUGGAUGCGGAGGAAGAUCGGGAGUUGUGGGCUGGGCUGGUGGAGCGGGGGAUUGGGCUGACGCUGUGUCCGCAUGCGUAUCAUCGGCGGACGGCGACGGAGGUGUUGUUUCCGAAGAUUCGGCGGUUGUGGGAGCGGGGGGUUCAGAUGUGUUUUAAUAGUGAUGAUCCUACGUUGAUGCAUGAUGUCUGGAUUGAUGGGAAUAUGCAGAAGGUGUAUAGUUACUGUGGCUUUAGUCGGGGGGAGAUGGUGCAGUUUGUGAGAAAUGCGGUGGAUAUGUCCUGGGCGGAGGAGGAUGUUAAGAAGGCCAUCUACGACGAGCUGGCGACGGUUGAUAUAGGAAGUUCUGCUUGA